GCAAAUUUGGCAAUUGGUGUCAUCAUUCGAUCAUCACCCACAUCCAAAUUUUCGUACAUCAAAAUUAUUCGUAUUUUCAACCAAAAAACAAACAAAUUUCAAGGUAAAUCCAUACAUAUAUUACAAAAUCAGUACUAAUAAUGCAAUCCCCGAUUAACAUCACCGAAGAUAUGAUACCACAACAUUUCACAACUUUCCAUUUUUGCGGUUAUAAUCAAAUUUACAAUGCUGCAAUAACAUACACGGAACACGGAAUAAAUAUUAACUUUCUGGAUUCGAAAUUACCAACAGUUUCUGGAGCCGGACUGUACAAAGAGUACGUCCUAACGGCUCUAGAUUUUCACUGGGACUCGGAACAUUUAAUCGAUAAUCAAAGGUACCCUCUCGAAGGACAGUUAAUUCAUUAUGCUAAGAAAUAUGAAAAUUUCAAGAAUGCAUUAAAUUAUAAAGACGGUGUUGCUAUUUUCAGCACAUUUUUCAAUAUAACGGAGAAUUCAAACGAUGCGUUUGAAAAUUUAAUCGAAACGAUUCCAGUGAUACGAAUGAAAAUUGAUCAUCAAGUCAAAUUACUGCAACCAAUUAUACCGCGACAUUUUUUAAGCGACAAAAUUGGCAAGUUUUAUCGGUAUAACGGGUCCCUAACAACGCCUUGUUUUGAUGAAACUGUGAUUUGGACGAUUUUCUCAACACCGAAUCAUAUCUCGCAGACUCAAUUGGAGGAGUUGCAAAAAAAAUGGGAACAUUUAAAUAAAUCUCGAACAACUAAUUACAGAGAGCUACAGGAUGAUAAUGACCGUCGAAUAUAUUUCAGUCUGAUUUAAGGUAAAACCAGGAUUUAUUUCUUCAAGGAAAGUGACAGCAUUUACGACACGUUCUCAAGUAUAAAAAUACAAAAUAUAACGAAUACUUAUUUAAGAAUACUCAGUUUAAUACUAUAAUUUAAGUCUAGAACCAUACACAUUGUUGCAAAUUGAUAACUAUGUGGAAUGUUGACACAUAAUGCAAAUACAGGGUGUUUUAAAACAAUACGCAGUGAAUGAUUCUGAACACCCUAAAUCACUAAAAGUAUUUUAUUUUAAAUAUUGUAAAAAUUUGUAAAUUUUGCGUAUACUCACAAUAAAAUGUAACAAAAAAUACUUUUUACAUAUAGAGUUAUUAAUGCAUAGUGACAAGGAUGGUCCACAACUAAAUAUAUAUAAAUUGACCGAAAACCAAAAUAAAAAUUGCAUAAAUUUUAAGAUAAAUUGAUUUUUAGGUUACAUAAUAAGUUAAUAACCCUGUAUAAUGUGAAAAAAUAUUAAAAAGCUGCCAAUAAAAAAUAGUAAAGAGUGCUAAAAUAAAACCAUCCUGCGCUUCAUUGUUUUUGCGGAAAUUAAAUCAGCGGUUGUUGUAAAUAUUGAGAAUGAACCAAAUCACUGAAUUGCAUCGUCAUUACGUUAUUAGUGCCUUGAAUUAAUGUUUGAUGAUUUGGUAGUGAUGUUUGGAAGUAAGGAACGAUAACCCCCACUGAGUUAUUACUAGUACCUGUAAAAAAAAAUGUAAUUUUUUUUUCACGUAACAAAAAAAUAAUUACCAGCUAAAAAAUCG